AUGAACCCAGUGGUAGACGGCUUAUCCGACAAGGACGCGGAGGCCGCGAAGGAGAAGGGAGAACCCGCACUCCCAAGUGAAAACGCCAAAAGGAAAAACGCACACACGUCAAGUGACGCUUAUAGCAGUAAAAAAAAGGCAAAGGUGGAUGAUGCGUUAAAAGGAGAUCCCUUUGAGGAAGGUGAAGAGGAUGGACAAACGGUGCGGGGGCAAAAUAAGGCAGACGUGAGCGCAGAAGACGUAGAGGAGGAUCCCGGUUGUGCAGACAAGGAUGGUACGAAUGGAAGGAAUGACCCCAAAGAGGGUAAACAAACUGGUCAUGAGAAUAGUAACGAUGAAGGGGAGGAGGACGAAACGCAUAAUGAAUAUAACAGUGAUGGGGAAGGUGUCCCCAAUGAACAAGACCCCAAAUCGGAAACGCUGCUUCGAAGCGAAAUCCCCAUGGGGGAGGCAUCCUACGAAAGGGAGGCAGGCGCUACAGCAACAGAAGCGGACCCCCAACUGAUAAACAAACUGACCAACGAACCAUAUAGCGAAAGGUACCUCCAACUUUUGGAGGAAAAGAAAAAACUCCCAGCAUGGAGUGCGAAAAAGAAUUUUCUAAAGCUCUUCAAAAAAAACAAUGUGCUGAUUAUCGUAGGAGAUACAGGAAGUGGAAAGACCACACAGAUAUCCCAAUUCGUGUUGGAGUCAAAAUUCGCUGAAAAGAAAUCCAUCGCUGUGACGCAACCAAGGAGAGUAGCUGCCAUGAGUGUAGCAGCAAGAGUUUCAGAAGAGUUAGAUGUAGAGCUAGGGACGUAUGUAGGGUACACCAUUCGGUUCGAAGAUCGAUCUAGUACAAAAACGGUCAUAAAAUAUUUGACAGACGGUAUGCUGUUGAGAGAAUCAAUGUAUGACCCUCUGUUAAAAAGAUACAAUGCAAUUAUUUUGGAUGAAGCUCAUGAAAGGACCUUAGCCACAGAUAUCCUCUUCGGAGUUAUAAAAAAUAUACAAGAGCAGAGGGAUGAUUUAAAAUUAAUCGUUAUGUCUGCAACAUUAGAUGCAGGAAAAUUCCAAAAGUUUUUUAAUGGCUCUCAAAUAUUAAAUAUCCCAGGGAGGCUUUACCCUGUGGAGAUUUUUUAUACCUUACAAGCGGAGAAGGAUUACAUAAGGGUGGUCAUCAGGACUGUGUACGACAUUCAUGUGAAUGAGGAGGAGGGGGAUAUUCUUGUCUUCCUGACCGGAGAGGAAGAAAUAGAAAUGACCAAAAAAGAAAUUGAAAAAUUAGUUUCAAAAAAUGACAAAGCUGGUCAGUUGGUAGUGUUACCUCUUUAUUCUUCAUUGCCAUCGACUCAGCAACAGAAAAUAUUCGAGCCAGCACCCAUGCCAAGAUUUAAAGGAGACAAAAUGGGGAGAAAGUGUAUCCUGUCCACUAACAUUGCUGAAACUUCCCUCACCAUAGAAGGAAUCGUUUAUGUUAUCGACCCUGGGUUUUCAAAACAAAAGGUUUAUAAUCCAAGGGCAAGAGUGGAAUCUUUAUUAAUUGCUCCCAUUUCGAAAGCCUCUGCUCAGCAAAGAGCUGGAAGAGCAGGCAGAACAAAACCGGGCAAGUGUUUUCGCCUGUACACAGAAAAGUGUUUCGAGCAAACAUUACCCGAACAGACAUACCCAGAAAUUUUAAGAUCCAAUUUGGGUUCAGUUGUUUUAAAUUUAAAAAAGUUAGGAAUUGAUGAUUUAGUGCAUUUUGACUUUAUGGACCCACCGGCACCAGAAACUCUGAUGAGAGCCCUCGAACAGCUUAAUUACUUGGGGGCAUUAGAUGACGAGGGAGAAUUGACACAGAAGGGACAUUUCAUGUCUGAAUUUCCUGUAGAUCCUCAAUUAGCCAAAGUGUUAAUUGAGUCCCCAAAUUAUUCUUGCUCCAGCGAAAUACUAACCAUUGCAGCCAUGCUUUCUGUGCCCUAUUGUUUUUUAAGACCAAAGGUAAAAGGGAAGGAAGCGGAUGAAAUGAAAACAAGAUUCUCACACCUAGAUGGAGACCACCUAACUCUUAUGAAUGUAUUUCAUGCCUUUGUCAAUUAUAACCGAAUGGAUAUGAAUGCCUCUAAAAAAUUUUGUUAUGAUUAUUUUUUAAAUCAUCGAGCUAUGACAUCUGCCCAGAAUGUUAGAAACCAACUCAUUAGAACAAUGGAAAAAAUGGAAUUAAAAAUUGUCUCCAUGAACCCAUCUAACCCUGAUUACUAUGUCAACAUAAGGAAGGCUUUGCUCAGUGGGUUCUACCAACAAGUGGCUUACAAAACUAGCAAAGGGUACUACAUCACCGUGAAGGAUAUUCAAAUUGUUACUCUACACCCUUCGACUGUCUUUCAAAUAAACCCUGAAUGGGUUAUGUAUCAUGAACUUAUAUUAACCACAAAAAAUUUUAUAAGGACGGUGACCAAAAUUGAUGGGAAGUGGCUCCUUGAGAUUGCUAGAAGCUAUUAUGACCUGGACGAUCUACCAAACAGCGAAGCAAAGAAUGAAUUACGAAUGAUUCUUAGGAAGUCCUAA